AUGUUCAUUUUCAAACCUUCAGAAACCUGUUACCAUUCAACCCUAGACCUUUUCGAAAUACACAACCUCGAACAAGCGCCCCUCGGCCACUGGGACGGCAAAAAUGUCGUCGAGGUUACCAGAGCGCGCAGUAAGCCCAAACCCCCACGCGGGCGCGCAAGCAGCGUGUUCGCGUCCACCUUUACCACUCAACCAAUCAAAGACAGAGAAUCCCGGAAACUUGAAAACGACAUUAAAAGGAUGGACAUUGAGUGGUGCGCCAGCUAUGGAGAAGUGGCAAAGGGUGUAAGAGAGCGGCUGGCUAUGGUGGGUGGCAUACUAGAGAGGGCGGCUGAUAUACACAACCGCAUGAUGGAGGUAGUGGAGGGGGAGAGUGAGAAGGAGGUAGAGUUGAAGUUGCAGCUGUUAGAAUCAUUGUUUGAAGGAGUGGAGGAGAUUGUAUCAUAUCCGUAG